AUGUCCUUAUGGGUAGACAAAUAUAGACCACGGACCUUGUCCCAGUUGUCGUAUCACAAUAGUAUCACCCAAAACUUACGUGCUCUUUCCAAAUCUGGAGACUUCCCCCAUCUUUUAGUUUAUGGACCAAGUGGAGCAGGGAAAAAGACUAGAAUCUAUUGUACUUUGCAUGAACUAUUUGGAUCUUCGGUCGAAAAGCUCAAGAUUGAUGUCAAGAAUUUCGUUACUACGUCCAAUCGUAAGCUUGAGUUUAACGUUUUGAGUUCCCCUUACCAUUUGGAAAUAACACCUUCCGAUAUGGGUAACAAUGACCGUGUUGUAAUCCAAGAUUUAUUGAAGGAUGUUGCUUCAACAGAACAAGUGGAUUUUGGAAACCAAAGCAGCAAAAAACAUAGGUUCAAAGUUGUCAUUAUCAAUGAGGCCGAUUCAUUAAGCAGAGAUGCACAAGCUGCAUUGAGAAGAACUAUGGAAAAGUAUUCAGCAAAUAUCAGAUUGAUUUUGGUUUGCAAUUCAAUAUCAAAUAUUAUUGCUCCUAUAAAGUCCAGAACCUUGUUGGUGAGAAUACCUAGUCCUUCAGUUGAAGAUAUAGGCUCCAUUUUGGGACAUGUUGCAGAGAAGGAGCGCGUCAAGUUCUCGUCUACAAAUGCUCAGGAGAUUUCACAAUUUUACAGUCAGGUUGCAAACACAAGUAAUCGCAACUUGAGAAGAUCAUUAUUGGCUUUUGAAACCAUUCAAAUGCAAAACGAGACCAUUAAUGUUAAGCAGUUACAUUCGGUUAUUGUUUUGGAUUGGGAAACUGUAAUCAAGAAUAUGGCAAAGACAAUUACCAGCAGUAGGAAUGUGGCGACAUUGGCCAAGUUAAGGACGGUCUCAUAUGAGUUGUUGUCUCACUGUAUUCCAGCAAGAACUAUCUUGAAGAAUCUUUUAUUUGAGUUGAUCAAUUUAGCAAGGGGCAAAUCCACUUUAAUUCAAGAGAUUGUCAAGAUAGCAUCUACUUUUGAUGAGAGAUUGAGUCUUGGACAAAAGAGUAUCUUCCACUUGGAAGGUUUCGUGGCCAAAACUAUGCUUGCAAUAGACAACUACAGCUGA